AUGGCUACCAACGGAGCAACAACCCAAACUCCCCUCCGCGUCGUCGUCGGCAGCGACAACGCCGGACACGCCUACAAGACCGCCUUGAAAGAAGUCCUCAAGAAACACUCCGGCGUCACACAAGUCAUGGACGUCGGAGUCGUCGACGCAGACGAUCCAACUGCUUAUCCGCAUUUAGCUGUUGAUGCUUGCAAGAAGAUCAAAGCUGGAGAGGCCGACCGAGCCCUUCUCAUUUGCGGGACCGGCCUGGGCGUUGCCAUCUCUGCGAACAAAGUCGAAGGUAUCCGCGCCGUGACUGCACACGACCCCUACAGCGUCGAGCGCAGCGUCCUCUCAAACAACGCGCAAGUCCUAUGUUUCGGACAACGAGUUAUCGGGCUCGAACUCGCGAAGAAAUUGGUCGACGAAUGGGUGGAAUUGCGAUUCGAUGAGCAGUCCGCAUCGGCCGAAAAGGUCGCGCAUAUCACUAAAUAUGAAGAGCAAUUUGGGGAGUGGUGA